GUAGAAAUCUCCACCAAUUAUUUCCUUCCACAACAACACCAAACAGCUUGCACUACUACCUACCUUUUUUUUGUCAUUAUUAUUUCCUUUCACAAAUCCCAAUAAUACUAACCACUUCUCCCUCCUUUGUGUGGGUGUACGUCUAAGAGUACUGGGAUCCUUCCUAAGAGAGAUGGAGAUCAUUGAACAGUUUCUAAGAUGGAAAGUGUGGAAUUCAGACAUGAAGACAGGACCGUUCGAUAAAGUUGUUUGUACGACGUGCCUGAAACCGAUAUCGGGUACCGGUUUUUAUUACUGGAAGUUGACUAGCAUACCAUUCGUCUUUCACAUAUCAUGCCUCAAUGCACCCGCCAAAGACAAAGCCCUUAUGUUACACUUCGGCGGGUUUGGGGUGGGGCAUGAUGGCAUGAUGUUCACAGAAGAAGUGAAAAAUGAAGGCAAGGAGGACGUUGUUUGCUUGGGGUGCGAGAAGCCAGUAUUUGGUCCCGGAUACAAAUGCUCCACCUCCUCCCAAUGCAAUUUGGCCAUCCAUCAAUCAUGCGUGGAGCUCCCUCCCCAGAUACAACAACACCCCUUCCAUCCAAGCCACACUCUUGUAUUUGUGGAGAGGUCACAGAAAAAAUAUUGUAGUGCUUGCGGUAAAAAUUGCGAUACAUACCCUUUCUACUAUUGCAAUGAGUGCAAUUUCAAUCUUGAUUUCGUAUGUGCUACCCGCCCGCGAAUUAUUAAUAUUGACGAUUGCCAGCAUGCAUUGAACUCCUUCUAUAAUCACAUCCAAUUCACUUGUCAAGCUUGUGGUGAGGAAGGCAAGGGGUUAAGCUCACGAUGUAGCAUCUGUCAACUCUUGAUUCAUGGUGAAUGUGCUCGAUUUUCACGCACCAUCUGGAUUACAGGUCAUGAUCACUCACUCUCUCUCACCUACUCUCUUCGUCAAGUCAAAGAGCACAACAAUGUAUUUUGUAAGCUCUGCUAUGAAAAUGUGAAGACAGAGUAUGCAGCCUAUUAUUGUCAAGAAUGUGGUUACAUGGCCCACUUGGCCUGCGCAUUUGAAGUAUAUGAAAAAGGUCAACAUCUCACGUGGCUGUUUCAGAAAUCCAUUGACUUAUCAACUAAUGUUACAGAGAAGGUUAAAGGGGCUGAGACGAUACAACAUUUUAGCCAUCAACAUGAUUUAAUUCUUAGCAAUAAGGAGCUCAUGGAAGAUAUACUUUGUGAUGGUUGUCUAGAAUUAAUCUCCCCCCCGUUCUACAGUUGUAUUCCAUGCAAUUUCUUUCUUCACAGUAGAUGUGCUCAACUACCAAGAAAGAAGGGGUUGUUCUUAUUUCACCAACACCAGCUCACCCUCUUCUCACGUGUACCUUUCAGUGAGGAAUUAUUCAGUUGUGAUGCUUGUAAUCGUCUUAGCAAUGGUUUUGCCUAUAGAUGUGACAUAUGUUAUUUCAACGUUGACCUUCAAUGUUGUUCAAUUUCGGAAAUCCUAAAACAUAAAGGUCAUCAACACUCCCUUUUUCUUGCUGUUAAUUCUAAUAGAAGAUGCCAUGUUUGUAAUUACACUUCCCGGAAACCUAGCAUAUUUGUAUGCAGUAAUUGCGAUUUCGCCUUGGGUCUCGAAUGUGCAACUCUUCCGCUCGUAGCUAGGCACAAAUAUGACGAUCAUCUCCUCGAGCUCACCUGCAGUGUUGAAGCUCAUUGUGAAGAAUACUAUUGUCUAAUUUGCGAAAAAGAAAGAGAUCCCAAAUGCUGGUUCUAUUAUUGUACAGAAUGCGACUUUCCUGCUCAUCCCCAAUGCGUUUUUGGGAAAUAUCCAUACUUUAAGUUUGGAAAGUAUGCUUUCGAUUUCAAAGGUGAACACCAACACCCUCUCACUUUUGUCCGAAAGACUGAGUCUUCUCCUCCUUGUGAUGCUUGUGAUGAGACCUUCGAUGGCAUGGCCCUAGAAUGCACUCAAUGCAAAUUCAAUGUCCACCACUCUUAUAGUUGUGUCAGAAGAAUAACGAAGAAAGUCACUUCAAAGUAA